AUGGCGGGAGGUGGUCGUCGGGCACAUUGUGUGCGACCUUUCAACUCACACUUCAUCAAGUGCGUCCAGCUCUCCUGCCAAAUGGGGGCUGCUGUGAUCAAAGCCUUAGGGCUGCUAGAGCGAAAGGGUAGAAGCCCAGGCUUUGGGACUGGGUGCUCAGGCCGGGAGUGCUGGGUGGGGGCCUUGCAGGGACCCACAUUCCAGGGCCCCCUGCCCAGGCCGUCUGGUGAGUGCCCAUGCUCGGGCUUGUGUGUUGCAGGCUGUUUCUCCCUGAGCGGCCCCAGCACUGCGAGGGGCACCGUGGGCGGGUCCCUGAGCCUGCAGUUUCGGUACCAGCGGGAAUUCCAGGCAGAUAGCAAGUACUGGUGCAGAAAGUCACUUACGCCGCUUCGCCUGCUCUGUGACAAGAUCGUGGAGACCCGCGGGUCACAGCUGGAAGUGCGGAGAGGCCGAGUGUCCAUCAGGGACCAUCCUGCCAGCCUCACCUUCACAGUGACCUUGGAGAACCUCACAGAGGAGGACGCAGGCACCUACUGGUCUGCGAUUGACCGACCCUGGGACCAGGACACCCACGUGCAGGUUGUGGUGUCCGUGUACCCAGGUAGACAAUAUAGAUCUGAAAAUGAGAGGAAAGAUCUGAAAUAUGAAAUCAGCAUAGACAUGCAGUUGAGGCUAUAUAACACCAGUGUGCCAAGUGAGGAUGAAAGAACCUACAGAAAAUUCUUCAGCGUCACUGAUGAAUCUCAACAGAGUGGUGGAGACAGAAGCUGCAAUAAGAUAUACUGCUCUAAGACUGAGGGAAGCAAAGUCAACAAAGGGAAGAACACAGAAACUAGGAAAGAAUGUGAACCAGUCCUUGGCAUUCCUUACUAUGAGGCUGGCCUACCUUAG